GCUGUUGUAAAUUGGGUUCACAUGAGAGGCUGGUGGUGGGACUCAUUUCAGUUACAAUCAGCAACAGCAGUAGUCUUCUGUUCAACUCUCUCUUUACUUACUCUCUCUAACUCUCUCCAUCCCUCCUUCCCCUAUCUUGCUCUCUCUCUCUCCCAUCUCCCUGCAUACUAUAGCUCUCUUUUUUACUCCUUCUUCUGUAUUCUCUCUCCUCUUUGCUCGCCUGUUGAGAUUAUUCACUCAUAACUCAGAGGACCCAACAUCCUAGCUGAGUUCAGACUGGAGCCAUGGCUCCAGAAAAGGAAAGCAAUGGUCUCGAAAACUACGCAUUUGCUAUUGAUGGGCGUUUCUGUGAUCUGGAGAAGGAUGGAGAGGGCUCCGACCUCUCUGAGGAGGACGACAAGAACAAACUGGCCUACUGUGUCACAGACAUCCCACCCUGGUACCUUUGCAUCAUUCUGGGCAUCCAGCAUUGCCUGACAGCAUUUGGAGGGAUCAUCGCCAUCCCUCUGAUCCUGUCUCAGGGUCUGUGUCUGCAGCAUGACAGCCUGACCCAGGGUCACCUUAUCAGCACCAUCUUCUUUGUGUCAGGCGUGUGCACCCUGGUGCAGGUCACCUUUGGAAUCAGACUGCCCAUUCUACAGGGGGGUACUUUCACCUUGCUGGCUCCCUCUAUGGCCAUGCUGUCGAUGCCAGAGUGGACAUGCCCUGCCUGGACCCAGAACGCUUCCUUGGUCAAUGCCACCUCUCCUGAGUAUGUAGAGGUGUGGCAGAGCCGCAUGCGAGCGUUACAGGGCUCCAUCAUGGUGGGCUCCUUGUUCCAGGUCCUGGUGGGUUUCUCUGGCCUCAUCGGCCUCUUCAUGCGUUUCAUUGGCCCCCUCACCAUCGCACCCACCAUCUCUCUGAUUGGCCUGUCCCUAUACGACUCAGCUGGAAUGAAUGCAGGGAACCACUGGGGCAUCUCAACUAUGACGACUGCUCUGAUCAUCCUGUUCUCCCAGUACCUCCGACACAUCCCUGUACCAUUUCCCACAUACAGCAAGACCAAAAAACUCCACACCACCAAGAUCUACAUCUUCCAGAUUCUACCAGUGCUCCUUGGCAUCACACUGUCAUGGCUGAUCUGCUACAUUUUCACCAUCUCUGACGUCCUGCCCUCACAGCCGGGGCAAUAUGGCUACCUGGCUCGCACAGACCUGAAAGGGGAUGUCAUAGUCCAGGCCCCCUGGUUCAGAUUCCCAUACCCAGGUCAGUGGGGCUUACCAACAGUGAGCCUGGCAGGAGUGGUAGGGAUCUUGGCUGGGGUGAUAUCCUCCAUGAUAGAGUCGGUGGGGGACUACCACGCCUGUGCCAGGCUGUCAGGGGCCCCUCCUCCCCCAAAACAUGCAAUCAACAGGGGCAUUGGCAUCGAGGGACUUGGCUGUCUGCUGGCUGGGGCCUGGGGCACAGGCAACGGAACCACCUCCUACAGUGAGAAUGUGGGAGCAUUGGGGAUCACCAAGGUGGGCAGUCGAAUGGUGAUCAUUGCUGGUGGCGUCUUGCUGAUCAUCAUGGGACUGUUUGGUAAAAUUGGAGCCAUUUUCACCACCAUCCCCACACCUGUGGUUGGAGGAAUGUUCUUGGUCAUGUUUGGGGUCAUAUCUGCAGCUGGAGUUUCAAAUCUGCAGUAUGCAGACAUGAACUCCUCCCGGAACAUCUUUAUCUUUGGGUUUUCCAUGUUUUCCGGACUGGUCAUUCCAAACUGGAUAUUCAAGAACCCAGAUGCCAUAGCAACAGGUGUGGUCGAGCUGGACCAACUGCUGCAGGUGCUUCUGACAACCAGCAUGUUUGUUGGAGGCUUCUUUGGGUUCUUCCUUGACAACACCAUUCCUGGAACCAAGCGAGAGCGAGGCAUCAUAGCCUGGAACAAGAUCCACCUGGACGACUCCAGCAACACCUUGGAGAGUAGCGAGGUGUACAACCUUCCAUUUGGAAUCAGCUCUUGCCUCUCCUCCUACACCUGGGUUCGAUAUGUGCCGUUCCUCCCUCUGAAUGCACCCAGCUCACAGGACAAGCCCGGGGUGGACUCUUUGGAGGCCAAGAAGCAACCUGGGAAGCCAGAGCCCUCACAUAUCAUCAGAUCAGUAGCCCUAUGAACACUGAGAAAGCCCAGACUCUGGCUAUAACAACAAUAACAAAGGCAGCUCCCAUGACUUGGACCACCUUUUACAGACACUUUUACAGUGUCUUAAGACACUGUAAAACAGGGGUGUCAAAGUCAAAUGGACGGAGGGCCAAAUAAAAAAUUUAGCUACAAGCCGA